AUGAUAUUCAUCGUUCUAAUCACAUUUGUGGCCCAAGCCGAAUAUUUCAUGAUAACCAACAAUGAAUACAUGAACGUUUAUCUUCUUGAUAAGUGUUAUUAUUCUGGCGGCAACACUUACACCAAAUAUGUCAAAGAAGGAAACAAAGCAAAGGUGUAUGGCUCUGUGACUUGUGGUAAUUGGGUUGAUCAAGAUCCAAUUGAACUUGAUAGCGAUCAAUCAUUUGUUGAAAAUCUUCCAGAAUAUGCAGCUGUGUCUUAUGCAUAUAUUGAUGCCAAAGAUUGCAAAAUCAAAGAAAGUGAUGCAAGACCAAUAGAAACACUUAUUAAAAUUGGGUGUGUUAAGACUUCAGAAACAACUUCAACCAAAACGGAAAUUAAAGAUGGCAAGUUCAUCAAAAACGACUUUGACACCUCUGCCAUCUGUGGUGGACUGCCUUCAAAAAUAACAAACAAAGAAUUGGGAAAAUGCUUUACUGAUGAAGAAGGAUUCUUUAAUAUCAUAAAAGACUCUGCGAUGACUCUCUCAAUGUGCUUUGCACUGGUUAUUGCUUUUUUCUUCUAA